UUCCCCCCUCCGUCAUCAAUACUUACAUGAUCACAAACUUUAAUGUCAUUUCACCAUUCACUACUAACUAUCAGUUGUGUGGUAAACAGGAGGAAGUAUGAAGUUUUUAUACAAUGUACUGAAACUGAGUGAGAAUGGGAGAGCAUGUCUGAGCUAUUGUAGGACCAAUACCAUAGAAACCCAAACAAGACUGUAAAGUAGUAGGUUGGUUAAUAUUUACACACAGUGACAGGAAUAAGAGUUUUAUUGUAUGCAAUAAUUGGUAUGGGACUUUGUCUGGUGUCAAAUCAAUAAUCAUAAACAGGGUCGGGUAGGUUACUUUCUAAAUGUAAUCCAUUACUAGUUAAGUGUCAUUGUAAUCCGUAGCGUAACUUUUGAAUUACCCAAACUAACAGAUUACGUUCAGUUACUUUUGCAUUACUUUCCCUUUAAUAAAGAGGCGUUAGAAAAAGACAAAGGAUCCAUCCAACACAUUUGGUGUGUCAUAGUGGUCUCUGACUUGUGGUCAGACUCGCUCAGACGGACAAACUUCAACUUGCACAAUUUUUCAACGCUGAAUUGAAUGAAAUUGAGAAAACAAAGUGUCAAUGUAUUUUUUCACAGACAUCGAUUCUGAAUUUAAAAACACAGGCCAACAUUAACCACAUAGAGACACAGAAGGAUGUAUCUAACUCUGUUCUCGUUCUGAGAAGUAAACAUGUCUGUGCUGAAUCUCUCGUCCAUCCACCUAUUGCUUCUCUUCUCCUCUCUGUCUGGAGUAGAUGGCUAUUUUGGACACUUUGAGAUGAGGUGUCGGUUCAGCUCCGAGGAGCCCCGUGAUAUUGAGUUUCUGCUGCAGGUCUACGGCAACAAGAAGUUACUGGGACAAUACAACAGCACAACAGAGAAAUGUACGGUCUACACACAAUGGAUGAAGAACUUCACUGAAACGGCCUGCAAAGGCCCUGCUUUUCUGGCCGCGAGGAGAGACGAAAUGAAGAAAUACUGCAGCAGCAAUGUUCCUGUGGUGUAUGGGUACUUACUAGAUAAGGCAGUUGAGCCCUACAUCAGGCUGAGGUCAGUGGAGCCGUUCAGUACCAGACACCUGGCCAUGCUCGUGUGCAGCGCCUACGACUUCUACCCCAAACCCAUCAGAGUGACGUGGCUGAGGGACGGACAGGAAGUGACCUCAAAUGUUACUUCCACAGAGGAGCUGGUCAAUGGGGAUUGGACCUACCAGAUCCACUCGCACCUGGAGUACACACCCACACCUGGAGAGAGAAUCGCCUGUAUGGUGGAGCACUUCAGCCUCACUGAGCCCAAACUGUAUGACUGGGACCCCUCCAUGCCUGGUCCUGAGAAGAAUAAGAUGGUGAUCGGGGCCUGUGGGCUGCUGUUGGGGGUGGUCUUUAUAGCAGCUGGACUGAUCUACUACAGGAAGAAAUGUAAUGAAGGACGAGUGUUGAUGCCGACCAUGGCGCUGCCAGAAAGUUAUGGCACCAUCUAGUGGUUCACACCAGUCAGCCUUCUGAAGGUUGUGAUCUGAACCCACUUAAUUAGUCUGGGUACCAGUCUUUUUAAGCUAACAUUCCACUUCUUGUUGCCUCUUCCGUGACAUAUGCCAAGGAGGUCAAGUAGUGGAAGGUCAGCUAAAAAGACUGGUACACAGACUACCACUUAAUCAUUCCAAGCACAAUGUCUUCUCAGUCUCCCAGGCCUUUUGCAUUGGAGGAGAGGUUGCAGCCAGAAACUCCCAAGGCCCUUCUAUGGGGAUCAGAAUCCCGGCAUUCAGAUCAAGAGUUUACCACCGAGUGGCCAACUUGAUCAAAUCUAUGUCCACAUCCUGUGCGUCUGAGACUUUAGAUCUAGGAUAUGAUUUUGUAAGGAAUUUUCAGAUGCGACAAACAAGAUUGGUUUAUGGAAUUGUUCAUCCUUAGGUUUUGAUUCUAAUUCUUGUUUCUAUUGGCAACUGAUGUUAUUGUUAACUUGGCUUUGUCUUUUAUUAAAAUAGUUUUAUUUUGCAGUU